GAGGAAGGUGGCAGUGUUCUCUCAGCCAGUGUCAAGGGAGGAUGUGCUCCUCUGUUCUCCGUAGAGUUACAUAGAAAAAUCUUCUAUUUUUUUAAGAAAUUCCAAUAAAAGUGUAGGAUUAAUGUUGAAUCACCAGUCUUGCCCCGAGGAUGCAAUCAGCAGUGAAGGACACUUUACAGGAAAAAAAAGUGGAUUGAUCGUGUCACAUCCUGUGACUCUCAAGACACUUAGACUGAACAGUUAAUGUGGAACGUACGUAGUUGUUCACCACUGAAGCCACUCCCUGGAGAACCUAAUUUAUUGGAAACUUUAGUUGUUUAAAACUUUGAAAAACGUAAUUGGAAGCUUGAAAAAAAAGUUUUAGUGGAUCAGCGUUAAGUGAUUUUUUUUAUUUAUUUAUUAAAUUUUGAAUUUACAGUGAAUUCGUAAGUCAAUGGAACUGACAUAUGAACGUAAAUAGGACGGAUUUAGUGUUAGUUUGUGGAGAUAUUGAAGAACGGAAGAAACUGCUCGUUGCAGUGUGUAGGAACGUUGCUAUGUCGAGAUUUGAGGACGAAAACGGAACAGCUUUGAAGCCAUGAUACGGUCACCCUUCAAUGGUUAGGGAGGAAGUAUUGAGGCACGUGGUGGUGGUGUUGUUGAACCACUACCGCCAGAGAGGGCUGGUGACGGUGACGGAGGUGAGGCUGGCCAUGACCUGCCUUCUGGCCCUCGGUCUCUUCGACGACAGCACCCAUACCCAGCACUUGAUCCUUCAGGAACCUGACGAUAAUGCCAGCCACCUCCCUUCUGAGAAUCUGGGGCAACGAGAAUCUGCAUCACAUCAGCAGGAGCAGGACAUGGAAAGACGCGUGGAGCAACAGCAGCCAGAGAACCUGGACCAGCCUGACAUGUGGGUCCCAGACCAGCAGGGACCCACGUACUUGCAGCAGCAGGAAUCUGGGGACCUGCAGCAGCACGAAUCUCAGAACCUGCAGCAGCAGGAACCGAAGUACCUGCAGCAGCGGGAACCCAAGUACCUGCAGCAGCAGGAAUCCGGGUACCUACAGCAGCAGGAAUCCAAGGACCUGCAGCAGCAGGAACCCGAGUACCUGCAGUGGCAGGAACCCGAGGACCUGGACCAUCAGGAACGAGCAGACCUGAACGACCAGGAACUCCUGCACCUGAUAAACAAGCAGGAUCCAGAAGAUCAAUACCAGCAGGGUACGGACGACCUGUACCAGCAGGUCAUGAGCAACGAAUUCAGUCAUGAGGAAAAACUGACGAAAGACCUGGAUCAGCAGGACAUGAGAAACCUGGACCAGCAAGAGCCGGAGGACUUCUGGCACCAGGACCUGGAGUGCCAGGACUCCGGGAACCUGGACUUGGAGCAUAAGGACUCUGAGGAUCACCUUCAUCAGUAUCCUGAUGACCUGAAGAAAGAAAACAUCUAUCUUUCCUCUAACCAAUACAUGCAUGAGUCUUCCGUUUCUGAUACCGAAGAACUGACGGAGGAAGUGGAAGAUGACUUCGAAGAGGGGGAAGAGGAAGAGGAGGAGAGUUACAGAACUGCCCAAGAAAAUUGGACAGGGAGUGAUACUUGUGGGGAUGAUGAUGAUAGCGUGGAAGAACAAUUAGAGGUGAGUAUCGUUUAUGAAGAGGAAGAGGAAGAUAGUGGGGAAGAGAACGAUGAUAAUGUGAGCAGCGAGGAGCGCUUGGUUAUUGAUGACGAUAGUGAAGAAAGCGAGACACGGGAAGCUGGAGCCAUGAAAACAGAUGGCAACUUGCUUGAAGAAGGUCUUGAAAGUAAAUUCGAGCCCGAGCGUGGCAAGGGAGAUAGCGAUCAUUCAGUCACUCCUACGAUAGAGGAAUAUGAUAGAGAAUGGAAAAGCGAAAGAAAACGGAGUAUGGACCCAGCAGGGGAACUAUUGUGCGAUGAGGAAGGUAACUGGGAAAACCUGAACAUUAUUGACUUUAGAGAAGAUGUUUUUCAUAGUACAUUUUAUGAUGAAUCGAUGUUGGGCGAUUAUAAUGAUGCUAUUGACAGGGAAAGAACAGUUCACCCUCGAGAAGUACCUAGUGAAAUUAGGAAUGUGAAAUGUGAUUAUAGUGAUGAAAAAGAGAAUCAGUCGCUAGUAGUGUGUGCUGUUGACUGUACACACAAUGUUGAAGCUGAAGUUGGAAAUGAUAUUAGAACAAAAUCUGAAAGUGAUUCAUUUUUCGAAGCCUGGGAGAGUGAGCAUGAUAGCCACAAAAGAAGGGAAGGGGGAUGCAGUGAUAAAACAGAGAAAGAGGGAUUAAAACAAACUACUUUGACUACGACAGUGGAAAUGAAGAGUGACGAGGUAGUGGUUCCAGGUAGCAAGUGGGUCCUGGACGUCCCACCGCCUCUUCCAGGCCCCAGAUGUACUUGUGAGACACAAGGGACACCUCCAUGGAAGCUGGCUUCUCCUCCACCUGCGGCCCUCGAGUACGUAUCUAAGAGACCUCCUUCAUUUACUGGGAUACCUGGUUCCUUUACCGAGUUAACCGAAUCGUUCACCGGGUUACCAGAGUCGUUUACAGGGAUACUAGAAUCGUUAGCCGAGUUAUCCGAGUCGGUUAUUGGAUUACUUGAGUCUGAGUCUGGGUUACCUGAGCCUCUUUCGGGAGUACCCGAGUCUGUUAAAGGGAUAUGCGAGUCUGUUCCUGGGUUAAUGGAUGCUCUACCUGCACUACACGAGUGUGGGUUACCGGAUACUGCCGCAGACGUACUCGAGUCCGCUCCUGCGCAACAUGAUCCUGCAAGUCAGCCACCCGAACCUGCAGCAGCAGCUGUCACCAUCAACGUCACUUCAGCCGACCAGCAGGUGGUGACAGUUGAACGUGGCCGGCUCCGAAGUGCUGACAUCACCUCCGAAGUAGUACUGAGGCAAGGAGAAGAGGUUGCUGAUCGUAAGGAUGUUUUACUUCGAAGUAGCAAAGAAAACUGUUCUCACAGGGACUGUCUUUAUAAGGCGAGAGAGUGUUUUCGGAAUAGAGGAGACACCAAUGAAGGAGCGAGACAAAGUGAUGUAAUUUCGUCUCCCGAGGAACCUGCCGCAGUAAUGAGAUCAAACUCGAAAUACUUGAAGGACAAGCGGCGGAUUUUUCGAUCAUGGAGUUUCUUUGGUGCAAAAUCUUCCCCGGAUGACUUUACAAAGUCACUAUGUGCAUCUCCUACCUCAUCGUCUACUAACUCCUCGACAUCGUCAAUGUCCUCGCCGUUAUGUAGUACAGACACUUUCACUACAUUCUCCACUCCGAGACGCUGGUCUCGCCUUGUAGAGGAGAAGAGGAGGAGCCUCCAGUCUUCCAUCUUCCCAGAAGCUUUCUCUUUUCUGUCCGUCAGCGGGAAAUUAUCCUCUAGGGUGAAUUCUGAGCCCAACGUGACGCCGAAGAAGUGCAAUAGGAGUCACGAGCAAGUCACUGCUAGCCCACAGAAGCUGUCGAAGAACUUCGAGAAACGUAAAUCCGUCGCAUCUUGUAUCUUCUCCGAGACGGUGAACGAAGACUUCACACCAUACGUCUUGGCCGAUACAAGACCCACUUAUAAUACUGCGUCUAGGUUCAAAGCUGGAAACCCUGAACCGCCGAAGAGAAGACCGGAUUUGAAGCUUAGGAAAUUUUCCUUGAAUGGGAAUAUACAGGAAAGGCGUGAGAGUGCUGUAAGGGAUUCUUGUCUAGCAAGAUUGGAGAGUGCAUCUUCCGAGUCGAAAAUCACAAACUUAGCAGCACAGUUAACGAAAUGUAACUUCCAGCCGGCGGGAUUAGAACCACGAGUGAGAAAGCAUUUACCACGUCGUGUGAGACCCAAGUCUUUAAUCAUAAUCCCCGAGUUACAAGUGGAAAAAAGUAAACGAAAUGUGAAAAGUGAUGGAAAAGUCACGAAACCUGAAGCAGCAGUGUUGAGAAAGUCAGAGUCACUAUCUCUCUCCAAGGGUGUCAGGAUCUCCACAAGGGACCAGAAAGUGACUCCUCAUCAAACGUCACAGAUCAGUAGUGAGUCUAGGAGUCAGAGUCAUGAUAACCUCACCAUGAGGGAUCCUGUGGAUGGACCUGACUAUAUGCGUUGUCAUAGGGACACCUGGGACGAACCUGACUCCAUGCACCGCCAGAAAGAUCCCGUGGACUGGCGCAACUACUUGCGCCUCCAGAGUGAGUCCUCUCUCUUUGAGAGUCACAACUCUGCCUUCAGAACACCAGGACUGGCUCUAAGAGAACGCAGAAAGAGCUCACGGUCUUGGUCAUAUUGUACCAGGAUGGUGACGGGACCGACGGGGAAAGGCAGGGAAGCAUGCCUGACGGAGGGAAGUCCCCGUAAGUCAGAAAAAAAGGCCCUGCGCACCUUCAGAGCACGCACCCUCUUUCCCAGAGAGACUACGCCAUACACCAUCGAUGCUCUCAGGCCAUGUAAACUGUUCUCCAGAGACGGGACGCCAGGAAUCAUCGACACUUCUACCUGGUAAGUAACAUCGUGGAUUUUUGUUAUCUGUAGCCUUUUCAAAGGGGGGGAAGGGAUGUAGAGUGCCUUGAUCUAAGGAAUUGUAACUACCUGCCUCUUUCUUAGAUCAGGACUGAUUUACACCUCUCCCUAUUCAGCACCUGAGCUCAGUGUUCAGGCGUUGCUUGAACCUUGAGUUUAGCGCUUCUCCUUGAUUUUAUUACUAGUAAUGUUGAGUAAAACACAUGUGCAACAGUUAGCUUUAU